AUGGAAUACAUGCGCCAAAACGGGGCUCUGAAGUUCGGCAAACAGAUCCAGCGCCGGCAGCUUGAUCUACCCGAAUAUGCGGCCAGUUUCGUCAAUUAUAAGGCAUUGAAAAAGCUGAUCAAGCAACUGAGUGCCACGCCGACAAUCCCAGCCCAGAGAACGCCCGAAGAAAUCGCCCACGAUGGAAAUUUGGACCCGCAAGCCUCCCUGCGUGCGAACAAAGAGGUGUUCUUCUUUCGCUUAGAGCGUGAAAUUGAGAAAGUCAAUGCAUUCUACCUACAGAAAGAGUCCGAGUUCUCACUGCGGCUCAAAACCCUAGUCGACAAGAAGCGCGUGGUUCAAUCGCGAACCAGUUCCAAUUCCAAAACCCCCUCCAAUUUCAUGGCAUUAUUUGAGGGAUUUCAGCAAUUUGACGGCGAUUUAAAUAAAUUACAGCAAUUUGUGGAAAUCAACGAGACUGCUGCGUCCAAGAUCUUGAAGAAAUGGGACAAAACAUCCAAAUCUCGAAUGAAGGAGCUUUACCUGCAGCGUGCAGUCGAAGUGCAACCCUGUUUCAACCGGGAGGUUCUUCGGGAUCUCUCAGACCGAGCAACUACAGCCAGACUGGAAUUGGAGGCCUGGGCUGAGGGUGAGAACAUCCAGUUUGAUAUGUCGCGGUCCUCGGAGCGUGUCACGGCUCCUGGAUUUGGUACCGAAGAAGAGGAGCUGGAUCUUCAAAUUUUACAAUCUGCCUCGACGGGGAAUCUUCAGAUCUUGCGUGAGUGGCUGGGUAAACUCAAGUCGUUGCCUGACGCUCAAGAUCGGGCCACCCGGACAUUCCUGACAGCGAUCAAUGGGUUUUCUAAUGAUGUUCUCGCUCUCCUUCUCGAGAGUCAAUUGGUCGAUGUUCAUGCCGAAGAUGAUAUUAACGAACGAAACUGCCUGCACGAAGCCGCAAUCUCCGGACGAGACUUCGUUCUCCAGGCGGGAAUUGCUGCAUCGGUGGAUAUUGCCCGAUCCGAUGUUUAUGGGCGCAUUCCCCUCCAUUACGCAUGUAUGCAUGGUCGUGUAGACAUGGUCCGAGAUCUACUGGCAGUAGGCCCGCACACGGUUGACAUGAUGGAUCAUGAUAACUUCACCCCCCUCAUUCAUAGCAUCGUGAAACGCCAGCUUGCGUGUGCGAAGCAGGUCUUGAUUAACAAUGCUCGCAUCGAUCCGGCAUCGGAUUCAGACCAUAUCCCAUUGAAUCUUGCCUGCCAGCACGGGUCAUUACCAAUCGUGCAGAUGCUUCUAGAGCGAAAGGCCCGACUGUUGCCAGAUGCUGAAGGUCUUUACCCCCAACAUAUGGUAGCUCGGGCGUCACAAUCACCGGACCUGCUGCUUCUGCUGAAGCAACAUGGAGCCGACCUGAACCAAAGGGACAAACUAUACCAAUGGACACCACUGUUCCACGCAGCAAGCGAGGGCUGUGUACCGUGUCUGCGGACACUUCUGGAGCUCGGUGUAGAUGCGCAGGUCGCAGAUGAGAAGGGUCUUUCCGCCAUGUAUUACGCUGCCUGGGAAGGCCAUCUUGAGUGCAUGCUACUCCUCUGGGCCCAACCUGUGAAUGACCUCCCCUCACAGCGACCACUCGACGUCUUGAAAGGGUUCCAAAUCCAGCACUCCAACUCCAUGGAUGAGGAUUAUGGGAGACGAGCGAGCUCCGCCGAUAUGGAGAUUGCCGAUGGCAUCCCCGACCUUUCUCUGCCUCCUCCUAUAAUCCCUUUGCGACGCUACGGUCACAAUUUCCUUGAUAAAAAGGUCUUUGUACAACUACUGUUUGACCAAGGGAACACUGGCUCUAUCGCCUUUGACCAGGCAGGCCGGCACCCAGCCGCCCGGUUGACUAUCUCAUCCAAGCUAUCCGACUUGAUUCCUCGUACCAUAAUGCUUCCUAUUCAAGAAGACUCCCGCACAAUAUCUUUCCACGUGGACAAUCUGGACACAUUCACGGUGGAUUUCGAGAUUUUCCCCACUUUUGGUUCUAAGGUGAUCGCAAAGAGUGUGGCAUUGCCGGUAACCUUCCGUGCUGAGGACUCUAGCACAGGCUCAUGCUGCCUGCCUCUCUUUGAUCCUCGUCUUCGGGCCAUUGGUCAACUGCAAUUCAACUACCAGGUUAUCAAGCCGUACCACGGGGAUCCUCUUGAAAUCACCCACUUUGCGACGUACUGGAAGGCGACUGGUGCCAUCGACUCUGAGCACAAUGGAUUGGUCACUGGCUCUAGCUUGUCAGGGGACUAUGUUCAACUGUUCGUGCAGCUGACACGGGAUCGCGUUCCGGUGCUCUAUCCUCAAUUCCUCAUCAACCAUCAUGGAAUCGGCAUUCCAGUGUGUCAACUGACAUACGCACAAUUCCAGGCCAUUGGCGUGGAACGAGGAGUGGACCGAUCUUAUAUUCUGCAUUUCUUGGCCACCCAGGCACUCGAUGAUAUGCCACAGACUCAUCGUCUUCUAUCGGAGUCGUUCAUGUCCCUACAAGACGUUUUGCAAGACUUGCCAAUGGGAUUGAACAUCAAUCUUUCUAUCAUUUAUCCAUCCAGCGCCGAAGAGAGAUCUCUCAUGAUGCCCUAUCUAGCUGACGUCAACAGCUUUGCAGAUUCGAUUUUGUCUGUCGUCUUCUAUCAUGCGCGUGUCUCCCGCGCCAACAACCCCGACUUCAUGCGUUCAGUGGUGUUCACUUCUUACAACCCCAACAUCUGCACUGCCCUGAACUGGAAGCAGCCUAAUUACCCCGUCCUUCUCUGCAAUGAUCUAGGACAGAUUCGGGACUUGGCCCGCAAUGUCGACACCUUUCCUGAUGUCAAUAGCAGUGGUCGCGCCUCUAUGUCGAUCAAGGAAUCUGCGCGGAUUGCUCAAAGUAAUAACUUUAUGGGGUUGAUCUGCCGUUCAAGUCUUCUUAAUGUUGUUCCUGCGCUUGUGGAGACAAUCAAAGAACUUGGCCUUGUCCUGGUGGCUGAUACUUCCGACGAGGCAGGUCAGCCUGACCGCAGGGACUCUCUAACCAAUGCCAACGCCGUUGGUAUGGCUGAAUGGGCUUACCGUAUGCCUGACGAGGUGAACGGCGCUAUGAAAGCUAACGGUGUUCUCCGAUUCAACGAUAUGAUUGACAUGUGA